AUGAGGCUCCACUUACGUAGACUGGUGAUCACUUUCUUCAUAAUAGUCAUCAGCAUAUUCUUCUUGUUUGCUGUCUAUUCAUAUGGCACUAGUCAUUUCCGUAAAUCACGCAGGAAGAGGAUUCCUGAUGUUCACAGCAGAGAUCCUUCACUGAGAGACUGGACUUCGGAUGCCAUUUUUUGGGAUGGGAAUAGCGGAGUCAGAAAGUUGCCGCCUGGUGUGACCAGUGUUGACCAGAAUUCUGUGCUCAGAUUUGGGUUUGUGCAGUCGGAGGUGGUUGAUGAAACUGGUAAAGUGCAGAAAAACUGGACAGCUGGGGGGAAAACAAGUUUUCUAGAUGAGGAGCUGCUGAUGGCUGAACUUGUGAACUAUAACUUGAACAUUCAUCAGAGUGAUAGGAUACCUUUGAACAGAGAUGUUCCUGAUUCCAGACCUUUGGGGUGUGCUGCCAUAGAAUACCCGAGCAGCUUACCAACAACAAGUGUGGUGAUUCCCUUUCACAAUGAGUGGCCGUCGGUGGUGAUCCGCACUGUGUACAGCCUCAUUAACCGCACACCAAAGCAUUUACUCAAAGAGAUUAUCCUUGUUGAUGAUGCCAGUGAUGUCUACAUUCUGAAAGUCAGGCUGAAGAGUUUUAUCGAGAAGAACUUCCCCAAAGGUUUGGUGAAACUCGUACGUUUGGAGCAUAGAGAAGGAUUAAUUCGAGCUCGUAUGGAAGGGCUGAAACAUGCUACAGGAGAGGUCAUCUCUUUCUUUGACAGUCAUAUGGAAGUCAACGUAGACUGGCUUCAACCUCUACUAGCUGAGAUAGUCAAAAACAACCAGACAGUGGCCAUGGGACAACUGGACUACAUUCACAGGGACACGCUCAACUACAACUAUUUUGAUGAUUAUCGCACCCGGUACGGGUUCAGGUGGGACAUGCAGUUCUUUGAGACCUACUUCAGGCCUGACCAACUAGAAGGCAAAAUGGCAACUGACCCAUUGCCUGGCGUUUUAAUGGUUGGUCCAGGUUUCGUGGUGGAUGCCAACUACUUCAAACACAUUGGAGCUUAUGACAAUGACAUGCUGAUAUGGGGUGGAGAAAAUAUUGAGCUUGCCUGGAGAGUAUGGAUGUGUGGUGGUCAGCUAGUCCAUGUUCCCUGCUCCAGGAUUGGUCACAUUGAGAGGGUCCAACCCUACACCUUCCCCAGAGGGCGGCAGUUGACAGAGAUGCACAACUACAAGAGAGCUGUGGAUGUUUGGCUUGGCCACUACAAGAAAUAUGUCUACAGCUUAUUUCCUGGCAUGAAGGACAUGGAUACAGGUGACCUCAGCGAGAGACUCGCCAUCAAGGAAAGAUUGAAGUGCAACGACUUUUCCUGGUUUAUCAAACACGUGUGGCCAGAACUUUUGGCCUAUCAGGAAGAUUCCAAAGUCUGGGGCCAG